CCCCGGACGGUAAUGUGGAACGGACCGGCUGGAUUUAUGGAGUUUCGAGGAACAGUAUUGUUGUGAUAGUUCCCCUUCCGAGGCUUUUCGAACAAAAAUGGGUAACUUUACAGUAUUUGUGAGGACAUCUCUGGUGGUCCUGGUCCUCGGGGUGUGUUCUGUGAGCUGUGAUAUCACGGACGGAAACGCAGAGCAUCUGAAGAGGGAACAUUCUCUGACGAAACCUUACCAAGGUGUCGGCAGUGGUCACAGCAGUCAGUGGGACUUCUGGGGAAGCACGUUGGUGACCAGCUCAUACGUCCGACUCACUCCAGAUGAGAGGAGCAAGCAGGGAUCCAUCUGGAACACUGUGCCGUGUCACCUGAAGGACUGGGAGAUGCACGUGCAGUUUAAAAUUCACGGGUCAGGAAAGAAGAACCUCCACGGGGACGGCAUCGCUCUCUGGUACACGAAAGACAGACUGCAUCCAGGCCCUGUGUUUGGAAACCAAGAUCAGUUUCUUGGCCUGGCUUUGUUUGUGGAUACCUUCCGCAAUGACCUCCAUGGGAUGGAUCGCUCCUUCCCUUUCAUCUCAGCCAUGGUGAACAACGGCACCGUGAACUACGACCACGGCAAAGACGGCCGGUCGUCAGAGCUGGGAGGAUGCUCUGUUGAGAUCAGGAACAGAGACCACGACACGUACCUCGCCAUCCGCUACUCUAAAGGGAGACUCACCGUGAUGGUGGAUGUGGACGACAAGAAUGAGUGGAGGGAGUGCAUCGACAUCGGAGGUGUUCGUCUCCCCACAGGAUAUUUCUUCGGUGCCUCUGCAGCGACAGGAGAUCUGUCCGACAACCAUGACAUCAUCUCUAUGAAGCUCUACCAGCUGAUGGUGGAACACACUCCUGAGGAGGAGAACCUGGACUGGACCAAGAUCGAGCCCAGUGUCAGCCUCCUCAAGUCUCCUAAAGACAACAUCGACGACCCCACCGGAAACUUCCGAGGCACGCCCCUCACCGGCUGGAAGGUCUUCCUGCUCCUGCUGUGCGCCCUGCUGGGCAUCGUGGUGUGCGCUGUGGUGGGAGCUGUCGUCUUCCAGAAGAGACAGGAGAGGAACAAGAGGUUUUACUGAGGAGGAGGAGGAGGAGGAGGAGGUGUUGGCGUCUGAAUGAACUGUUUCCUGAUGACAGAUUGAGCACAUUCAAUGUGAAGUUUUCCUAAAGAUUGUACAAAUGUUUAUAUCUUUGAAGCACUGCGUCGGGGGAAAGGAUGGGCGGUGAGGACUGGAGGUUUGUCGUUGUGAGUGACUCUAAUCCGUGCUGUUUUUGUUUUUCAUGCGUCCAUGUGUGUUCAUUAACGGCGGGGUUACAGUAGACCUGCUCUCCUUCACAGAGAUCGUGAUUCCACCUGGUUAUUGGUCAAACAGGUGUCUCUCUGGCCCUUUCUUUGUGUUCUCUGCUGCAGACUCGACGCUACAAAGCGGUGCGUUCGGCACCCGAUGGUCAUUUUAUUUUUGUCUUCCAGACUUUUUUUCUUUCCCCCUUUUAUUUAUUGGAAGAAGAAAUCAGCACAAAUGAAAUAAUAUCACUUAAAGAAAUAAACCCUGGGGAGGUAAAGAUGGCAAACAAGAACAGAACAGUCUGUAUUCAGAUGAAGCACCACAGAAGAAGAAGAAGUGCUUCUUGAUUCGUUGAUUUCACUUUUGCCUUCACUCCUUUUUAAGAACAUUUGAUUUUUUGUUCCUUUUAUUCAUCCAAAUAUUAAGAAAACAUUCAAGUAGGAACGUUUUUAAAAUGAUGUAACAAUUAAAGUUAAGUUACAAGACUUUCUCCACGUGUUUAGGAUAAUAACACAGGAUGCAGUGAAAGGAGGAUAAAUUAAAAAAGGAUUGUUUUUCUUUUGUUUGUUUUGCUUUUACUUGAAUUUACCUCUAAAUCUUUUCCACUCUUUGAUUACGUGAUGGAAGAACUCAAGUGGGUGGAUCCGAAAAAUUCAACAACCUCAAUCCUCAAGGCUGAAAAUUUUCUUUUUUGUAUGUUUUUUGUUUUUUGUUUUCUCCCCCUGCUGCAUUGUGGGGUUUUAUCCAGAAUAUGCCUUAGUUAUUGAGUGUUUGUUUCAUGUUCAAUAAAACCUCUGUGAGAUUCUUCAGUGAGGUGAGACUCACCGACUGAUACUAAAGUGAAGCUUUUUCAAACGUACAGACGAGGAGAUGCUUAACAUUUAAGUCCAUGUGUAACAGGUGUUUUCAAAGACUAAUUAACGCUCAGAAACUUGUCCUUUAAUUUCUUUGAAUGUCAUAUUUUUCUAAUUUCGGUUUCUUCCAGCUCUUCUCCCUCAACAAGUCUCCCUGUUUCUGUUGAACUUUUACUCUGGGUCUGCAUUUUGUGUUCACUCGUCCCUGCUCUCCUGAAGCGGUUCUGUAUUUGUGAUGAGACUUGACUACAACUUGAAACUGAAAUAAAGUGAAUAAUUCAAAACAA